UCUAUCUCUCUCUCUCUCUACUCUACUCUCUCUCCUUUGUGCUGUCACUCUCAUUGUUGCUGUGGAAAUUGAAAAACUCUGCUUCAUUCUCUGUCCUCACGCUUCCGUUCAAACAAUCAUUUGUUCAUUUAUAUGCAUAUAUAAAUGUGCAUAGAGUGUGUGAGAGAGAGAGGGGCGCUUCAGUUUGUGGCUUUAACUUCCUGUCUAAGCAUUCUGAAAACUUCCAUAGCUCAGGCGGAUUAUUUUACUGCACUUCUUCGGGUUUCUUUCUUCGUUGCUCUAAAAGAAUGAUCUUAUUUUCUGCGUUCAUGUUUUCAGCAACAGGGAAUCAUUCCUUGUGUUACAACAGCUUUUUCUGUUUGCUGCUUCUCGUAUUUGCCCUUUUUGUUUUCUGUACUUCCCCAGUUCUUGGUUUUUCACUUCUCUUUUUUUCUUUGCCAAAUCCGGCAUGUGAGUCAUUUGCAUGUUCCUCUCUGGAAGUUUGAACUUGUGAUGCUUUAGCUUUGUUUACUUGUCAUAGAAUGCCAUUCUUUAUUAAAAAAUAAUUGUCAUAUCAUGACAUGAACAAUUCGGGUGUUCUUCCUUUCUUUUUUAUUUAAACUUGAUUUUCUGUCUCCUCUACUGGUAAAGUUCCAUUCAUGAUGAUAUAGAUACAUUAUUUUAAUUCUUUGUUCGCUAUUAAAUUGGUUAUAUGCUUAUUUAAUUAUUUGAUUAGUUUCAAGUACAUCUUAUUUUAUUCUGCUUGUAAAGGCUGUUAGUUAAUGGGAUGACCAAAUCUGAACUGAUCUUCUUUCUUUUGUUGCAGACAACUGAUUUGAUUAGCCAUGAACAAUAGUGUUCCUGCUUGUAAUUUUCAGAGUAAUAGCAGUUUCACCUAUCAAAAGAAUCCCAUGGGACCAGAUCAAGAACUUGUAGAGCUCCUAUGGCCAAAAGGACAGGUAGUUUUGAAUAGCCAAAGCCAAACACAUAAGAAACCAGUUUUGAAUUCUGUAAACUCAAGGCGGGUGCAGAAUAAUGAUCAAUCAGCAUUGAAGACUAGUGGAUCAUAUGGGAACUCGAGUAAUUUGUUUCAAGAAGAUGAGACAGUCUCAUGGAUCCAAUUCCCACUGGAAGAUCCACUGGAACAAGAAUUAUGUUCAGACUUUUUACCUGAACUUCGAUCCAGUGAGAUUGAACCUGAUAAGCCUAAUAAGUGGUUUGAGGAAGAGAAGUUUGCCAAAUUCACUACCGAUGGUGCCUCUCAUCUGACUGCAACUUCACAACCUUCUACUAUGAAACUGCCCUCUGUUCAGAAAUUCCCAGGAAAUCCUAUCCUUUCUCCUAGAUUUUUUCCUGAUUCAUCUCAGAAAAACGUUGAGUUUUAUGGUUCACCAAAAGUCCUCAAUUUUUCUGAGUUUACAGCAGUUCCUAAGGUUGCUUCAACAUCUUCUAUUGCACAACAUGGAGAAAAAGGUACAGGUAAUAUGUUGCAAAAUGAGGCUGGAGAGGGCUCAGUGAUGACAGCCGGUUCAAGUCAUUGUGGCAGCAAUCAAAUUCCUCGAGACCGAGAUGUGAGCAGGAUUUCAAGCAAAGGUUUUUGGACUACUAAUUUGUUAGCAGAGCCUUCUGUCUUCAGGGAUAAUGUUCGGAGAACAUUUCCUAUGGGUGAAAAAGGGAAAUCAGAAACACAUGAACCAACUGUCACUUCAUCUUCUGGUGGCUCAGGUAGUAGUCUUGAAAAAACUUGUUGCCAGUCUACUAGUAUCCAUAGCCAGAAAAGUAAAGGGACAGAUGCUGAAGAGUUAGAGAAACAAAGUGAGACCACAGAACUCAAAUCAGUAGCUAGAAAGAGGGCAGCUCAGCGAACAGGGUCUUCCCGAAGGAACCGUGCUGCUGAAGUGCAUAAUCUCUCAGAAAGGAGACGGAGAGACAGGAUCAACGAGAAGAUGAGGGCGUUGCAACAACUCAUACCUCACAGUAACAAGACAGACAAAGCAUCAAUGCUAGAUGAGGCAAUAGAAUAUUUGAAAUCACUUCAGUUUCAGCUUCAGAUGAUGUUGAUGGGAGCUGGCAUGACCCCGGUGAUGAUCCCAGGAAUUCAGCACUACAUGUCUCAAAUGGAUAUGGGAUUGGCGACACCUUCUUUGUCUAAUCAUAUGAAUAUACCAAGAGUGGAUCAAUCCAUAUCCAUGUCUCGAGCACCAAAUCAGACUGUAACAUUCAAAGCUCCUGUUCUGGCUCCCUUUAAUUACCAAAAUCAUAUGCAAAAUCCAGCUCUUUCUGAGCAAUAUGCACGCUGUAUGGGCUAUCAUCUUAUGCAAAGUGCCUCUCAGCCAAUGAAUGCACUCAGUUAUGGCUCCCAGACAGUACAACAUAGUCAAACAAUGAUUCCAGCCAGCAAUAACAACGGACCCCUGAGUGGGGCAGCUAAUACCAUUGAUGCUGUAGGUGGCAGGAUGGGUAAGCCACAAUGAUAUAUCUUCUCAUUCUUUCACCGCAGCAAUAAAAUGAGGAAGUGGAUCAAUUUAUGUGAAAUUUCACCUGUUCGGUGAAUGAAUACUCGUCACCGUGAGAACGGUCGACCAAAAAACUCCAUCUAAAGCAGUCACGUCCUUGGUCUUUAAAAAUGAAGCUUCACUUCAGUGAUCCUUGAUAUUGAAUUUCUCCAAUUCCUUAUGAUUGCUAGCAUUCUGGACUAGCAUAUUAAAGAGGAGGAUGCCAAUCAAAUAUGUUUGGCGCCCAUAUUACCCUGGAUUGAGAUGGCCCCAAACAGUGGCUGGUAGCUGGUUGCAAGAACUGUCCUUGUCAUUUUCUAAAUACAUGACAUAGUGAUACGUCUCAUAAACUGACUAUUAUUGAGUGUCUAAUGUAAAUGCUAAUUAGUCAAUAUCAUUUUCAUGAAUUCUUCAACGUUAAGCGUUAUCUUUUAUUCAUUUCCCAUUUUUGUGAAA